GAGGCAAGAGAUCUAGGACUUCUAGCCCCUGAACUUCCAGCCAAAUACAUCUUUUCCAAAGGAGUGAAUUCAGAUCCUUGUAGCACUGGCAGCAGGGCAUGACCAUGGAGAAGCUGUUGUGCUUCCUGGUCUUGACCAGUUUCUCUCAUGCUUUUGGCCAGACAGACAUGUCCACGAAGGCUUUUGUGUUUCCCAAAGAGUCGGAUAAUUCCUAUGUAUCCCUCAAAGCACAGUCAACGAAGCCUCUCAAAGCCUUCACUGUGUGCCUCCACGUCUACACGGAACUGUCCUUGACCCGUGGGUACAGCAUUUUCUCUUAUGCCUCCAAGAAACACUCCAAUGACAUUCUCAUAUUUUGGUCUAAGGGUAGAGGAUACACUCUUACAGUGGGUGGGCCUGAAGUAUUAUUCGAGACUCCCGAAGUCACAGCUCCAGUGCACAUUUGUACAAGCUGGGAGUCCGCCUCAGGGAUCGUGGAGUUCUGGUUGGAUGGGAAGCCCAGGGUGAGAAAGAGUCUGAAGAAGGGAUACACUGUGGGGACAGAGGCAAGCAUUAUCCUGGGGCAGGACCAGGAUUCCUUCGGUGGGGGCUUUGAGACGAAUCAGUCUUUGGUGGGAGACAUUGGAAAUGUGAACAUGUGGGACUUUGUGCUGUCACCAGAUCAGAUUAACACUGUCUAUGCUGGCGGGACCUUCAGUCCUAAUGUCCUGGACUGGCGGGCACUGAAGUAUGAAGUGCACGGUGAAGUGUACACCAAGCCCCAGCUGUGGCCGUGAGGCUGGGCUGUGGGUCCUGAAGGUGGCUCGCAGUUUCUUUACACCACAUGGGCCCCACAUCUCUGUCUCUGGGCCUUUGUUCCCCUAUAUGCAUUGCAGGCCUGCUGCGCCUUCCUCAGCACCUGAGAACACAGGCAAAGUGUCUGGCCUGGGACCUCGUGAACUAUGCUGGGAAGCUUUGUCCAGGAGAAUCAGAAUUUCAGGUGUUUUGUUUUCAUUUUUAUUUCUUUUUAAGUCGGACAGAUUGGAGUCAAUUUCUUACCCUCACAUAGAUGAGAAAACUGAAACCUAGAAGGAGAAAUGAUUUUUUGUUUUUAAAGUCACAAGGCAAGGACAUCUCUGAGCUGAGAAGGAAGUACUGGUCUUCUAUUUAAUUUCCUGCCCAGGACCUCCAGAAAGCAGGAGGGCAUUGCCCACAUUCACAGGGCUCUUCAGUCUCAGAAUCAGGACAUUGGCCAGGUCUCCAGAUUGGGUCCAGAGAGCUCAUGAUCAUGCCAUGGAAUUGCUGGGCCCAGGUCUCCUGAAAUGGGAAGUCCAGCAACACUGCACAGCUCCUCCACGUUCUCAAAGCACGCUGGAGAAGCCAUUAGAAUUGCCCUAGCAGAGAAGGUCUGCCUUUUUUCCAGAGCAAAAUGAAGCAUGAGGUAUACUAUGUUGUAACUGCCAAGAACAUGCAUAAAAAUGGUUUUUGCUUGUGUUGCAGUGCUUUCUUAAUUUUAUGGUUCUUCUGGGAGCUCCCCCCUUUCCACAUGAACCUUGUGGGGCUUUGAAUUCCUUCUUCAUGCCCAAAAUUCUCAAUAUACCCAGGAUGCAACAGUGGACGUGAGACACAGGGCAUCCUGUCAGAGUAGCCCGUCUCCCAUCUCCCCAGCUCCCCAUCUGGAGGUUGUUUUUGGAUAUUAAAUGUUCCUAGUAGGACCAAUUAUAGUCUUCCCAAGGAUUCAGUUAUGGACUUUGAGAGUGAGACAUCUUCUUGCUGCUGGAUUUCCAAGCUGAGAGGACGUGAGCCUGGAACCACCAGUAGCCAUUUUGUUUGCCACAUGGAGAGAGGUUGUGGGGACAGAAGCCAAACUGGGAAUGGAGGAGCCCAGGGAUUGAUACGUGAUGGAGCCUUGGCCACAUAGAGCCUCUGAAUCAGCCUGUCCGGAACCACAUCCACACCUGGACUGCCUAGGUCCAUAAGCCAAUAAAGCCCCUGCUUAC